AUGAAUAGCAUAUUAAAUGUGGAGACAGAUAUGCAAAGGGAAACCAGACUUGGUCAUUCACAGCUAAUGCAAGAGAAGUUUCCAAAUGAACAGAAAGUGUGUUUUUCUAUGAAUGUGGGUGGUUUAUCUAGCAGUGGGAAAGAUGGGAAAGAGGGGGAAGGGGAAUGUGAAUCUCUACUAGCCUCAAAGAAUAGUCAAGGCUUCAUAUUCAAUGUAUAUCAGACGGAGAACCAUGAACUUGUUAAAACAGAUGAGGAACUGAAACAACCAGGAAGUAUAAAUAUCCAGGUAAAACUACAAAUCCAUCUUCCACAAACUAUUUUGGAUUCUGCUUCAUGCCCCAUAUUUGAUCAAUUUCCAUUUGAAAAGCCAGAGAGGUAUGCUAAGUUUUCCCCUCCAAAGUCAGGGGAGGUAAAGACUGAUGCAAUAUUUUCUGCAAAGGAAUGUGUUGUCUCAUCUGAUACAAACCAUCAAAGGGAACAGACUGCUGGUAUUGAGAGGAAAAAGACAGUGACUUUUGGUUCCUGCAUGUCUGCUUUUUCUAUAUCCAAAAGGAAGAGAAACUUCAAACAAUAUUCAGAUAUAAAAACGUUAGUGAGACCCAAGUGUGGAAUUUUAAAAGCAAAGAAACCAUCAAUUUCAUACAUACUCAAUAUCAAGGGUGGUGCUAGCCCAAAACACAGAAAAGAAUUGGGAUGUAACUUGACAACCAAAAUGGAAGCAGUGGAUCAAGGUAAAGAAAUGGCCGAUAAAAUGUCCUCAUUCAUGACUAUUGCACCUGACAUGAAUAUGCAUAGCAAGAUAGAAAAAGACAUGCUAGGAAAAAAAAGACUCAGUUCUAAACAAGUAAAGCAAGUGCUAUCACUACAUGAAGAGAACAUUACUUCAGAUGACACCAGAGAAACCAGUCUUCAAGGGGAAGAGGAAGAAGAAAGUGAACAGGAGACAUUACUAAAAGGAGUUCCAGAGCAGGGCAGAUACUUCAUAUUCUGCUCAGGCCAGAAGGAGGAACUUGACCUUCACAAAUCAGAAAAGGAAGGAAGUGGAAGAAUUCUGUUUGUUACAGAAGAAGAUGUCCCACAACAAAUGCAGCCUACAGAUCCAAUGCAGGUAGAGGAGCCAAAGAAAAGCCACCAGACACAAAACGGCACAAUCUGCACAGCAAAGUCAAAGCUUCCUCUUAUAAAGUCAAAGGAAUCACUAAGCGAUCAAGUUUUUAUUGAUCCAAUCGGAGGUGGUAUCCCAAGUAAUGGGAGCCAUCCAGGGGAACUGUAUAGUCAUGGUAAAGAGGAAGAGCCAGAGUUUAAUAAAAAUCAACAAGCAACAGUUCUGCAGUCCUUGGCUGUCUCCACGCCUGAUCCACCUGAAUCUAAAAGGCAGAGAAAGACAUUUACGUGUACAACCUUCAAAUGUAAAAUGAGCUCCAAAUGUGUAACUAAGAAGGCAAGGAAGACACCAAUUUCACAGAUGUUUAAUAUCCCAGGGAAGGGUGGUCAAAAAAAUUUACCUUCAAAGAUACUGAAAUCAAGGAUUUUUGACUUUUUGGUAGAUAUAAACUAUUCUGAGAUGAUUCCAUUUCAAACUGAAAAGCUACAGAAGAAUAUGCCACCACAAAAAGACACACUACAUAGACUAGGUGAAGAGAUUUCAUGUCCAAAAUCAGAGAAAGCAAGGUUUGAUUACAUUUUAAUUGACGGAGCAGAGUAUAGUAUGACAUCAGGUGGGAGCCCUACAAGGAAGCUGGAUGUUCACGGGGCAGGUUCCCUACACUCUAAAGAAGAAAAGGAAGACAUAGCAACUCAAAAAGUAAUAACUCACACAGUUGAUCAAAAUAUCCCACCUACCAAGUCAGGGUACGCAAUGCUUGGAGAUCCAUGUGAUGAAAGCUCUAGAAGGAAAAUGGGUGGUCAUAUUGCCAAGAAAUAUGAAGAUCUGCAAAGAGAUUUACUAACAAGGUCUACUAUGUCUGUUUUAUCUGAGUCUAAAAGGCAGAAAGAACUAUUCAAAUUUUCAGAAGGAGAAAAUCUUACAGGUCCCAUAAGUGUAACCAUGAAGACACAGAAGCCUCCUUGUUCCCAGACACUCACUGUCACUGAGCAUGGUACCCUAUACUGUAGGAAGGAACAGGAAUGCAACUCAAAAUUUCCAAUAAAAGACAUGCAACAAAAUAAAAGCAUAGAUAAUGCAUUUUCAUCUCCCAGACCUCUUUCAACUGAUGACAAAAUAGAUAUUGAAAUGUAUAGAACAUUAAAGGCAGAGAUGGAUCAACAAAGAGUAAGAUUCAAGAACUCUGUCUAUCUAAAGCUAGAGAAAUCAACAUGUUACAGGGAAGCACAGAAGGCCAAUCCCACUGAUACGCAAAACAAUAGGUCAGGCUACACAAUGGAAAUGAAUGUGCAACAGAACAAGGAAGAGGUUGCAGUGGAGAUAAUAAACCUCAUGUUGCCGGAAAAUAAAGAAGAGAAGAUGCAGGGAAGUAAAGAUGGACCAGGGGUGCUUAUGACCCAGAGUUCUAAUUCAUUUCCAUCUCUCUCUCUCCUCAAAUGGAAUAAAGAAAUGCAGAGAAUAUCAUAUACAGGGGAGAUAGUGCAUAUUGAGCCAAUUAGUGGGGAUAUCAUGGAAAAUGUUCAAAACAAGAAACAACAUAUGCGUCAGGAAGAAGAGAUGAACAGAGAAAAAACAGUAGCUAUGAGAGAUAUGACACAUGCUUCAGAUAUAAGUAUGAAGUCAAAGAAAUCUUCUUCACAUACACUCCAUAGAACAGAAUUGCUCAUGAACAUUGGAAGUCAAGGACAGAAGAUACAUGAAGGUCAAGGUAGAUCACCUUGUACAGUGCUAAGGAAAGUUCAUAUUUCCAAACCUCCAACUGACCUCAAAUUAGAUAAAGGUACACAAGUAGAGGAAGAAGAACUUGGAAUUAAAAGACCCAUUCUGUUUCCACAAAUGGUUUCAGCAUUAUUCGAUGCAGAGAAAACAGAAGAUAGAGAGACAAUCGGUGGUGAUUCCUCGGGUACAGGGAACAACAAUUAUGCAAAUUUCAAUGAACAUAUCAGCUCAUUUAAUACAAUAAUAGAAGCUAAUCAACUUAUGCCACAUACAGACACAAAGGACAGAGUAAAAACAGAAGAUGAAAAAGGAAAAAAACUCCCCCAAAUAAUGACUUUGAGAAUACAGACAUCCACACCUACACAUCUGCUCAGUAAGAAAAGACAACCUUUGAAUAUUAAACAGAAGGUGAAAGAUACACAGAAGGACAAAGGUAAGCCAGACAUGGUCCUGAGGAAAGCCUGUGCUUCCGUACCUUCUCCAUUUCACCUGAAAUGGGACACUAGAAUGAAUGAACAGGAAGACACACUAGGAACAAUGCAACCCUGUUUUCCACCGUUAAAGAGUCAGCAUUCAUCCUAUUCAGGCAAAAAAGCAUAUGCUACGUCACUUGAAGGUUAUAUGUUAAAGAAGGACGAUAGACUCAAAAGAGAUAUUGAGGACAAAAUGCUCCCAACGUACAUGGAUCGGAAGGCAAAGAAAUUACCACUAUGUACAUAUUCCUGUAAUAAAUGGACUACCUCCAAAAGCAUCUUAGAAUCAAAAUGGCAAAAUGAAAAGCAUAAACAAGAUAAUGAAAUUUUAUUCAAAGCACGUCUACCAUUCCUGAAUAGUAUGCAAUGUAGAAAAGAACAAAAUACGCUUAUUGCAAAGCGAGAAGCCCAGCAACAAAUACUGGUCUCAGAAAGCAUAUCAGAGUCAGUUUCUUCUCCGCUGAUGAUUCCAUUCCAAACUGAAAAGCUACAGAAGAAUAUGCCACCAAUAAAAUACAUACUACAAAAAUUAGGUGAGAUUAUUUCAUGUCCAAAAUCUGGGAAAGUAAGGUUUGAUUAUCUUUUAGCUGAUGGAACAGAGUAUAGUACGUCAUCUGGUGGGAGCUCUACAAGGAAGCUGGAUGUUCACAGGGCAGGUUCCCUACACUCUAAAGAAGAAAAGAAAGACAUUGUAGCUCAAAAAGUAAUAAAACACACAGUUGAUCAAAAUAUCCCACCUACCAAGUCAGGGUACGCAAUGCUUGGAGAUCCAUGUGAUGAAAGCUCUAGAAGGAAAGUGGAUGGACAUAUUGCCAAGAAAUAUGAAGACUUGCAAAGAGAUUUACUAACAAGGUCCACAAUGUCAAUAUUAUCUGAAUCUAAAGCAAAGAAAGAGGUAUUCAAGUUUCCAGAGGGAAAAAAUCUUACAGGUCCCAUAAGUGUAACCAUGAAGACACAGAAGCCUCCUUGUUCCCAGACACUCACUGUCACUGAGCAUGGUACCCUAUACUGUAGGAAGGAACAGGAAUGCAACUCAAAAUUUCCAAUAAAAGACAUGCAACAAAAUAAAAGCAUAGAUAAUGCAUUUUCAUCUCCCAGACCUCUUUCAACUGAUGACAAAAUAGAUAUUGAAAUGUAUAGAACAUUAAAGGCAGAGAUGGAUCAACAAAGAGUAAGAUUCAAGAACUCUGUCUAUCUAAAGCUAGAGAAAUCAACAUGUUACAGGGAAGCACAGAAGGCCAAUCCCACUGAUACGCAAAACAAUAGGUCAGGCUACACAAUGGAAAUGAAUGUGCAACAGAACAAGGAAGAGGUUGCAGUGGAGACAAUAAACCUCAUGUUGCCAAAAAAUAAAGAAGAGAAGAUGCAGGGAAGUAAAGAUGGACCAGGGGUGCUUAUGACCCAAACUUCUAAUUCAUUACAAUCCCUCUCUCUCCUCAAAUGGAAUAAAGAAAUGCAGAGAGUAACAUAUGCAGGGGAGAUAGUGCAUAUUGAGCCAAUUAGUGGGGAUAUCAUGGAAAAUGUUCAAAACAAGAAACAACAUAUGCGUCAGGAAGAAGAGACGAACAGAGAUAAAACAGUAGCUAUGAGAGGUAUGACACAUGCUUCAGAUAUAAGUAUGAAGUCAAAGGAAUCUCCUUCAUCAGAUACACUCCAAAGAACAGAAUUGCACAUGAGCAUUGGAAGUCAAGGACAGAAGAUACAUGAAGGUCAAGGUAGAUCACCUUGUACAGUGCUAAGGAAAGUUCAUAUUUCCAAACCUCCAACUGACCUCAAAUUAGAUAAAGAUACUCAAGUAGAGGAAGAACUUGGAAUUAAAAGACCCAUUCUAUUUCCACAAAUGGUUUCAGCAUUAUUCGAUGCAGAGAAAACAGAAGAUAGAGAGACAAUCGGUGGUGAUGUAAGAAAAAGAAAACACUUAUCACAGAAAGAAAAGGACAGAGAACAAAACAGAACCAAAGUUGACCAAGACUUGCUUGAAAUUACAGGGUUUUCUUUUUCACAAUUACAGCUCCCUGAGUCCUCGGGUACAGGGAACAACAAAGAUGCAAAUUUCAAUGAACAUAUCAGCUCAUGUAAUACAAUAGUAGAACCUAAUCAACAUAUGUCAUAUACAGACAUAAUGGACAGAGUAAAAAUAGAAGAAGGGAAAUGUAGACUACUCCCCCAAAUAAUGACGUUGAGAAUACAGACAUCCCCACCUACACAUCUGCUCAGUAAGAAAAGACAACCUUUGAAUAUUAAACAGAAGGUGAAAGAUACACAGAAGGACAAAGGUAAGCCAGACAUGGUCCUGAGGAAAGCCUGUGCUUCCGUACCUUCUCCAUUUCACCUGAAAUGGGACACUAGAAUGAAUGAACAGGAAGACACACUAGGAACAAUGCAACCCUGUUUUCCACCGUUAAAGAGUCAGCAUUCAUCCUAUUCAGGCAAAAAAGCAUAUGCUACGUCACUUGAAGGUUAUAUGUUAAAGAAGGACGAUAGACUCAAAAGAGAUAUUGAGGACAAAAUGCUCCCAAUGUACAUGGAUCUGAAGGCAAAGAAAUUACCACCUCCACAUAUACUUAAUAUCAAAGAAUUGCGGUGUGAAAUUAAAGAGCAAAAGAGAAAAGUACAGGAAGAUAAAAACAAACUAGUUACGAAUAUCAAAAACAUUUGUACCUCUUUGGUUACUCUACCAUAUCUUAAAUUUGAGGCCACAGAAAGAGAGGGGUGCAUGAUAAUAAUUGCAAAAGAGCCUCUCCCACAACCUCAGUCCAAGGAAUCAUCACAUGCAGAAGCAAUUGACGGAGAACUUUCCACUGAUGUAAAAGAAUUAAAAGAACUCGUGCUACAGAAAGAAGUAAAGACUAAAGAGAAAACCAUGGAUAUGAAUAGUAUAGUGGAUCCCAUUGAUACGUAUUUGAAAACAAAGAAAUCACCUAUUUUACUUAUAUACAAUCUAAGUGACCUUCAGAGGAAAACUAAAGAGCAAAAGGGAAAGUUUCAGAAAGUUGAGCCAACUGGUGUGAUGCUGACUAAGACUUGCACUUCUAGCUCUCCCCCAGUGCACCUUAACAUGAAUAUCAGGAUCAAGGAAAAGAGCAUUUCACCAUUCACAAGAUCCCCCGUUUCCCCAGUACACUUCCAGGAAUCAUCAAGUGCUGAGAAAGUUGUAUAUGUAGAGCCAAUUAUUCCUGAUAUUCUAAUCAGUCCACAAGAGGGAAAGCAAUGUGUGCCACAGAAUAAGGAAGAGGUUGGUGUGGAGACGAUAAACCUCGUGUUCCCCAUACAUCAAGAAGAGGAGACACAGGAAAGUAAAGAGGGUGGGUUUAACAAACCAAAAGAAAUAGCUUCACAGAAUGAAGAUGACUCAGGAGUACUUAUCAGAAGUCUUUUUAUUUCUGGGAUGAAUCUAUCUCAGACGGAAGAAAUGGUCGAAUCUGAGACAAAGCAAGAAAGAAAAAAGAGAAUCUGUUUUUCUAAAUUUCAGGAGAAAUCAUUAAUGGCUAGUGAAAUUGUUGAGAGGGACAACUCCAGCACCGUGAAAAGAGGAGGCCAGAAUUUUCCAAGCAUAGUUCCAGAAGAUUCUCAGCCCUCCACGGUGGGCCAACGACAAAUGCAAAAACCUCCUAGUGGUAAACCAGAAGAAAACCUCAGCAGUGAAGUGAAUAAAAUAAAUGUAACUCUACAAACAGAAGGAGGGGUUGUUUCCGGGCAUGAUAGCUUCAGAGUCAUAAAAGAAUCUGACUUGCUUACUAUCGAGCAAGAGGAAAAGGCUCCAAAGCCCAUUCUGACACCCACAGAGUGUCCAAGCAUGUCUGAAGAUCCAAAGGGAAAUGUGAAAACCCACAUGAAAAGUACCCUAAGAGUAGAAGGACAUGAGCAUAGGGAUCAGAGUGAGCCCAUACAGGACACAAACACACAAAAGGUCCAGCAACAAAACACUUUUUCAGGAACUGUACCUACACUACCCCAAGUUGAAAGUAAUGAAAUAAAAAUAGUGGCAGAUUGUACAAGUGAAGAAAGUCUACUUCCUUUUUAUGAUACAAUUAAAAAUGUCUUUGAAUCCCAGAUAAAAAAUAUGAUCCAAGACAAAAUUUGUACUGAUAAACUGGACAAAGUAAAAGCUCAUUGUCCUGAUGAUUGGAAGUCAACACCUUUUUCAGGGGGUCCAGAUAUUACAUCCACAACAGAACAUCCUACAUUUCAGCCAAAACCCAUUGUAGAGUCAAAAGCACUCGAGAUAAAACUGAAUCUGAUACCCAAGACGGCAAAACAAUCCUUCCAAAAGUUCGACUUUUAUUCAAAACGGACUAUUUCAGAAGAUAACAGUCGGAGGCUCUAUCCAAGACACAAAAAAAUGAGCUUUUUAUCUCUAGAAGGGAUUGAUACUAUCAAACUUAACUUAAAACACAAACCCCAAAAAGAUUCCCCUCAGAUCAGCUGUAUGAAGACACUGACUGUUGUUUCAAGUGGCAGCAAGGAGAUCAUGACAAAGGUGAAGAGUAUAAGUAAGCUAGAAAGUGGAACAUCUUCAGUGACUUCUGCUAAUAAAAUGCCCAUGUCUCGAAUUCUCCAAAACUACUCAGAGGAAGAAAAAGACAAACUUCUCAUACACUUCUCUAUGAAAACAUUGGAGACCCAAAUGAAAGCCUUUCCCAAAAUUGUAACGGAAUCUUACUCAAUGGCCGAUACUCAGGCUAGAAAGAAACCUUUAUCUAAAUGUAUUUAUUCUGGUGUCAAAGUACCAAAACAAAAAAACAUAAUUUCGUUAGGGUUUGAGGAAAAAUCUCUUCAUCAAAUAGAACUAGAUUUACGAAGUAAAUACCUUAGUUUUCUCCUGGGGCUUCCGGUAGAAAGUAUGAUCCCUAAGCCAAAUACACUUCCCAAACAUAUCCUUAAGUUAAACACAGCUGCGACGUGUAAAAAAGUAGACGAUAAUGGAGAAAGUGGUAGUCUUUCCAUUGAUACAGAACUGUUAGAACAACAUAUCUCUUUCAAAAAGCAAAGUCCCCAUGAAAACUCAUCAUUGAUCAGGAGGUUCCUGGAGCUCACCCAUGUGUGUGCUUCUGACCCUGAACAACAUGGAACAACACAGGAAGACACUAUGAUUCUUUCAGUGUUAAAACCUCAUCUGACCCCAGAAAAAGAUAAACAUCACGUAUGGUUUCAAGAAACAGCUAGCUUAGCUGAUUACCAUUCAAUUCAGACUUUUCAAGAUUUUACUGAUCGUCAAACAGAUAUUGAGAAUUCAGCUAACUUGGAAGAAUGCUCAGCUCUUGAAAAACAUGAGAAUGAACAAAGUAUGUUUUUAGACGCCAACCCUUAUUUGAGUCAGGAAUCAGAAAAUAUGCUAUAUGAAUUACAGAAAAGCAUUCCUUUGGAAAAUCUUUACAAGAUGAAACAAAUCCAAACUGAUUUGAAACCACUUUACAGUGAUAAUUCGGUUUCUCAUCCUGUUGGAGGCUGUAGAAAACCUUCCUCAGCUGUGACAACGCCUUCCUACGAAUCCCACAGCACCAGAAAAUAUAGGGCUCCCCCGACAGUGCAGUCUCCUCACUGGUUGUGUCACAGUUCACUAAAUACUGGGGAGGUUCCAUUUGCAUCGCCUACUAAAUUGAGUGAAGAGAAGCUCUUGUGGAUUACAGAAAGCUCUUUAGCUCCCUUAACAGAAUCAAAUCUUAAAUUACAUCUUGCAAAAAGCCAAGACAAACCUCACAGACACCUAGAAAGAAAGAAGUCAAACCUUGAUUCAUAUAGAAACAACGUUCAUUGGGACUGCUACCCCAAUGAUACACAGAGGAAAGCAAAACGCACAAGGGAGAAGAAAGUGCGUGCUUGGGAGCCAGAAAGAGCAGGUUAUUUUCUGAGCAAACGUAAGUCAGCAUCAAAACCUCAUCAAGAAGAUUUCAAUUUCCAUUAUGAAGGAAAACAAAACCAGCCAUUUUUUUAUGCCUGUGUACCAGCAGACUCACUGGAGAUUAUACCCCAAACCAUUCGCUGGACGAUCCCCCAAAAAACGUUAAGGAAGAGAAACUUCAAAGUUCCCCUAGUGGCAAAGAUUUCAAGUUCUUUCCAUAUGUGGAGUUUCUCCAAAAAGUUGGGGCGUCACUCUUAGAGUCCUUCGACCCAGUUUACUUUGAUAUUACCGUAUCUAGAUUCAUCUGAAGUAGAAAUCUGGCUGUAAUUGUGCUAUUCUGUGAAAAAUAAAAUCAUAUAAAGUCAAAUGGUGUCUUCAUAAAGUAUUGUCUAAACUGAUCUAUUUUAUUUCUCCAGUAGAUUUGCACAGUUGUCCCGGGAGGCCAGGAAGGGAAAGCAGAUGACUUUGGGUUUGGUCCUACCAAGCACGAGUUCUCCCUUUAGUUUCUCCUGCCUCCUCAUAAUCCCCAGGGGAGAGGACCCAGACAUGGAAACCCUCUUCCCAGCCCACAUCAAUGACUGAAAGGUGAAUUUGAGGAAAGGUAGCCUAUAAAUGAGAUUGAGAGAGAAUGACCAGAAAGUUAGGAGAGCAUGGAGACUAAAGGGAGAGUUCUAACUAGCAGUGAAGGUUCAACAAUGUCAAAUGCCACAAAGCGCCGGGGUAAAUACUGGUCUUGAGAACCCAGAUCCCUCAGAUGGCUUUGUCCUCAUCCCUGACCUGAAUGGGAACCCACAACAGCUGGAUGACCUGAACCCAAUUGCCCCCUGCCAUCACCAGGACAUCAGGUGGCUUUGGGACCUCACUCCAGAGCACCUGUCACUGCUCAGCACAUCUUCCAGGAUGGGCAGGAAGCCAUCCUGCAGGGUUGCCAAGAGACUCUUCCUGAUGUUCCUUCGCUACCUGCCCUGUUACCACCUACCUGCACGUGUACUUCACUGCCCUGGGCUUUGAGGCUCAUGGCUCAGCGUGGAGCAGGCUCACCUGUUGGCAGGUGAUUGUGAACCUGGAGUGUGAUCUGGAACCGGCAGAGCACCUCACCUUUGCCCUCAGGGCUGAUGACCCCCUGCUGCCCACUGUCAGGAGAACAUCAUCGAAGUGUGGGGUUGGGGAUGAGGGUGCAGGCAGAGGGA